UAUAAACAGUUUAGAACCACAGACUGUAUGCAAAGAGGUCAGAGAAGUUUAGUGAGUUUCAGGAUUGUGCAAAUACAGUUCAAAGCAAACCACAAGUCAUUCCUUGAUACAAUUCUACAGUUUCAUUUAGCAGACGCUUUUGUCCAAAGCGACGUACAACACAAGCAAGAAUUCAGACAUAAGGAAUAGCCUUUAGAAAGUGCAAAAAGUGCUUCAAGUGUGAUUGGUCCAAGGCGAUUCCAUCAGCAUACAACAACUGUUCAGAAGCCACAUUGCAAACUAUGAAUUUGGAGGAAAUUUCAAUUUGAAAACCUAAUUUGCUUGUGCCAUCAUGAAGAGUAGAUGUUGUAUAGAAAGUAUACAAAAGAAAUACUGCUUGAAAAAUCUGAUUAUGUGGAAAGGUAAAGGUGUUUAGGGGAUUGCUAAAGAGACUCAAAAAGAUGAAGUUUGAUGCCAACAGAAAAGAGUAAAAUAUGAGAUGCAAUGGCAUGGAGCAGGUAGGAGUUAACAAAUAUUUUCACUUUGUGUGUUUUUGUUUUCCGUUUUCUACCACUGUGAUACUGUGGCAUGUCUAAAACAAACAAACAAAUAAACCAGGACAGCAGGCUCUAAGUAAACACGUCUCUGAUUGGACGUUACACAAGUCACGCGCUUCCGUGAAUAACGGAAAGACUUCGCGGGGUUUUGCGUUUAUAAACUGUCAAAAAAUAAGUAUUUCGUUAUGUUUUCAUGCGAAAAUUAAUAACACGUCGUAUAAAGGAUUAGAGACCAAAGGACACUGAAGCUCCUCAGAUGCAACAAUGAUACCACACCAGAGCAAUCAGCUGGAGAAUGCCAUCGAUGAGGGGUUGAAGAGUGGGAAUGCCCAAGCCUUGCAAAUAUUCUUGCAAAGGGACAUUUAUGAGGAGAUCCCAAUGAAAUGCUCCCAACAGUUUCUCACCAAACUGGAUAAGCUUGUCAACAGGUGUUUGGCUCAAAGAGAUGUCACAUCAGCCAGUUUGGGUCUCGCCAGCCUCUCUAAGUGUGGGAAAAACUUGAAACUACCAGGCGACCAAGGACUAUCUGGGCUAAUAGCUCAAGGCCUGAUCAAAAAGAUGCUGCAGUGGUUUGAGAAAUGCAGGCAGCUGUGGAUCCGGUGUGGCCUGCAGUGGGAUGAAACCUUGUUCACGCUCUCCGAGGACUUCUUAAACGCCUUAACGGUGGUACACGAAGCAUGUAAAGAGGGAACAUGGGAAGUCACUGAGUGCUUCCUGUAUCCCAUUGGUCAGUUGGUAGUGGACCCCAGAAUAUACAUCCUGAUUAAAAAAGAGGCAAUUCGGAAAUUUAACUUAAUUCUCGACAAAAUCCCAGUGGAGCUGAAGAAAGACAGGAAGAUCCUAACAUCACAGGAGUCCUCAGAUCUCAUGAUCAAACUAGCUUCUCAAAUACUGGAUGGUGGUGAUUAUGACUUCCAGUCUUCCCUGAUGGAGGCGCUGUGCAGAAUGGCCACUCCUCACCAGAGGAGAGAGCAGGCAGAUCAAUGGUUCAGCAUGGGCCAUGUGGCCAGCGCUUUUGCAAAGAUCCAUGAUUCUGAGUUUGAGACGGCUUGCCGCAAGUUUCUGAACAUGGUGAACGGGAUGCAGGGAGACAGGAGAAGAGUGCAUUCUUACCCGUGUUUGGAAGUUUAUCUGGGCAAGCAUGAGCUGCUGAUGCCAUCAGAUGAGAAUCUUGAGGAAUUCUGGAUUGACUUCAACCUUGGCAGCCACAGCAUCUCCUUUUACUUCUCCUUGACAGAUGAAGAGACGCAGGAGGGCCACUGGGAUACAAUAUGCAUCAAUGAGAAUGAAGUCCAGAGCUACACAGUCACAGUGGCGGGCAAGAGGCAAGUCUUGCAAGUAAAGCUGUCAGAAGUGGUGGUUGUUGGUUCGGUGGAAGGAUCCAGUCUCACCAUCCAUUUCAGCUCCGCCCUGGACAUCCAGCAGGCGGCUCGUAACGUCUAUGGACUCAAGACAAACAAAGGCACAUCUGUAUCAAAAACUACUAUUAAAACUAGAACGGAGGUGAACAGUACACAGGUUGUUCCAGAGAGCCAGGUGUCCCUUGGAGAAAGCGAGAGAAGCACGGUCCCCUACCUACUGCCUCCCCCGGCAACACAUGUACAGACGGUGACCCCUGCCAAGUCGAGGAUUUCGGAGUCCGCCACUUUAGUUUGCUGCAGUGCUGUAGGAAGUGCACAUAGUAGCAGUUCUGUCGCUGUUUGGCCAGCAAACACACCAGCCAAGAGAAAGGAUAAGUCAUCACAGGAGAUGGGCCGAUUGCGCGAAGCAGCUGUUAAGACUUGCAGUCAUAACUCAAAACUUGGCCGCGCAAAUGCAGUUGGUGUGGAAGAAAAGUUGGAUACACCUCAACAGAGCAAAGCCUCCAAACAGGGUGUCAGGAACAAGACAGGCAAAUACAAAAAGAACAUAUCGGUUGCAGAAGCAGUAGAUUUGGUUCUAUCUGAACAAGGAGAAGAUAAAUGUCUGGAGCCUAGUUUUGUGCCUGACACCCAGCCCAGAAAGGAGAGAAACAUUUGGAAGAAAUUGUCAGUUUCUGAAAUGCUGUUGAUGCCCUCGAAGAAAAGUAGUCCUCUGCCACAACCUGAACCUCAUUCAAAUGUGGUGGAGAAGCAGGACCAGCGUCCAUCCUCAGCGCAGAGAUGGUCAGUUUCAAACUCAGCCCUUGUCCGUCAGAAGGAGCUCCACAUGGAACUCACCAAGCGUCUGCAGCAGGUUCUCGAUGAGAGAAGUCAAAAUCCUAAACCCCAGGAGCCAGCUGCACUCGAGAGAAAAUCAUCUAACGUCAGAGGAGACUCUAAAGACAAAAGCUCAGGGGACAAGCGUAUUUCUUCUUUGUGUAGUCCCGAAGUGCAGCAGACCCCGAGAAAUAGCUCUGCUAAAGGGAAGAGCAAAAGCCAGACAUCACUGAAACCAGACGCCGUCACAGUCAAAGCAAAGGAGAGAAUAUCGACCAAACUUGAAGUUGAAACGAAGAGGACCUCUUCAAGCAAAGACAAAAGAGAUGCAGAAGUUGCAGGCAGCAUGGUGAAACUCAUCUCCAGCCGUUAUGAGAGAAAAACCCGAUCCACAGGCAAAGACACUGCAGAAACAGUUCGUCAGAGCUGGAGCCGUCCUCUCGUCAGCAGACCAAUCUUCAAUAUGAGCUGGUUACCAACUGCUAAUAGAGACACACCUGGAGCUGUCAGAAAGAUAAAUUCAGUUUUUGAAUUCAGUACUGAUGCAUCAUUGAGCAUUGGGGGAGAAAACAAAACCCAGACUAACACCUCUGCCAUGUCAAGCAGUGACAUCCACAACUCUUCACUACUGCUGAACACAAACAAAAAAGGACAGCCUGUGGCAAAAAACAAGCGGUAUGUGAAAAAGCAUCUGUUCAGUGACACGGAUACGGACUAUGCCCAGACAGAGGUCAGCUGGCUGAGAGAGUCAUCCAGGAAGCCCAAACCCAAAGUCACCAAAUACUCCAGGCAGGCGCCCAUCAAAGCCAAACCUGUCCCACUUCAUACAUCACAUGAAUCUCCAAAGUCAUUCCAGCCGUCUCCAAAAACCGUAACCAAUAACACCAAACCCAGUAAGAAGCCCGAUUGGAAGACGAGCCUGGAUAAGCCGAAGAAGACGGUGAAGCCGGCAGCAGCAGCACCCAGCAGACCACAUGCGGCUGGCAAGAGGCCCAGGAGAGCUGCAGCCAUCUCUACCAAAAGCUACAGGGUGCCGGAUACAGAUGACAGCCAGUCAGAACCAGAGAAGCCUCCCAGUCCCAAGGCAAAGGACUACUUUUUCUCCUCCACCAAUCAUCUGAAGAACAAUGAGGAAACUCACGAGGCUGCCCAAAUGAAGACGAAGAGGACGACCAGUAAACAACCGAACAAAAGCUAUGUGAAGCUAGUGACAGAGUGUGUGUCAGAGAAGGAACCUCCUUCCAAGAAAUAUUUUGUAGGCCAGAAAGGGAAGAGUGAGAAGACGUGGUCAGAGGUUCCACAGGUAAAGAAGAGAAAGAACACAUUGCCUGAGCAAUCCGCUGAUGGCUACACGAGACAAGACAGCAACAAGCAGUCAGAUCUGAAAAAAACAUCUGGUCUUAAGCUGAGGCCUGAUAACGUUCUUCAAGAAACUUCGAAGUUGAAUAAGAAAAAUAUCAUCCCUGCCCAAGAACAGAUGAGUGCAUUGAAGGAUUCCUGGGCUUCCUGCCAGACCUCUUUCUGUCCGUCUCCUCCUUUCAUCGAGAAGAUGAGAUCUCAUGGCAGGUCAGACCCAACAUUGGAUUUGACCUGCUCCCCGGUCCUCAGCCCACAGGGGUCCCCACUCCCUGCCUCCCCUAACCCUCUCUGCCAGGACACCCCCUCGCCGAUCCCGCUGCUACCCAAACCUCGCUCCACAGCCAGCAGUAAAGGAGCCUGCGAGCCCUCGUCUUUCUACAGCGCAGAAAAAAAGCGCAGCAGAUCCAAGACUCUGUCCAUCCAGCCUGUCCACUCUCUGUCUUCGCGGGGAGGUCAAACCUUUGCACCCAGUCCUCCCAGUAAACCUGGUGCAGCAGAGGUGUGUGCAGUCACGACGCACCUGUCCUCUGCACCUCAGUCUCCUUUGUCCCUGUCCACUCAGUUCCUCAUGACAUCCACACUUCUGGACUUGGACAAGCCACCUGUGCCCUCUCCUGCUCAGUCACCAUUACCUGAAGAGAGCGUUAACUAUGGUCACCACUCUGGUUUCAGUAAAGUGUCUUCAGCGUCCCUAGCUUCAACGAGCCGAUCGUCCGCUAAGUCAUUAGCAGUGACGAGCAGAGUGAAGGACAGCUCCACUGGUUCUCUGACUGUGUCUCUAAAAACAGAGAAAACGCCACGUUCAUACCCAGACCUACAGCAUGCACAGCUUAUAUCAGGACCGAGCCGCAAGCGCCACAUCUCCUCAUCCAGUGAUUCUGAGGAAGGUGAGAGGGAAGAAAGAAAGAAAAGCAAGAUGAGAGAGCAGGCUUCUGUUCGGAUGAAGCCAAGAAAAUUGUUCAAAUCCCUCGCUGAGGUGUCUUGUGUGGACGAGCUGAGCCAGGUGAUGUCUUAUUCCCCCAUGAGCUCCAGUCACUGGGAGGCUGAAGUGGUGGACAGAGACAUGGACAUGGAUGAGGAUUUAGAGUUGCCAGAAAGCUCUUUAAACCCAAGUGACCUGUGUCAGAAGUUGAGCUCGGAGCUGAAUAAGAAGUUUCAGAACCGUUACAAGGUGGAGGUUUACAACAAACAGUCCCUGAAGACCCUUCAGCAGCACGUCUCCUCCAUUAAUAAGCAGGUUAACAAACGCAGAACUGAAAGGCUUGGACACCUUCAGAACGUCCUCUUUGAAGAGAUCCGCAAAUUGGAGCAGGAAGACACACUGCUCAAAAGCAUGGAGAAAGACCUGGCUGUUUACUGGAAAAAGCAGACUCUGGCUUUUCAUUCUUACCAGGAGCAGGAAACCAAGAGAAACGAGACCAUGAAGAGAGCCCUCCAGAGCGACACGUGUCCCAGCUUGGAGUACGAGGAGAGAAUCUUCACAUCCCAGAUGUGCCUGAUAAGAAAAGGCAUGAAGUCAGCUCAGGACAGACUCCUCAGUGAGAUGCUUGAGGGGGAGAUCCAGAGUGUGAAGAGAGGACUGCAUGCUUUGUUUUUCCCGUAGUUCAGCUCUACUGAUUUUAAGCGAAGGCGUUUGUUUUUUCAAGUUCUGCUUUUAUUGUAGAUGUUAGAUUUUGUUCUCAUGUGUUGGAAAUGUUGUAAUUCUGAUGUUUAUUAUCCGAGAAACGUUUUAAGUUCAGUCAUUUUUGGUAUUAGUGUUGGUAAUGUGUUCCUACAUGUAUUUAACAGCUUUGGCUCUUAUAUUUGGAUUCCCCGUUAG